AAAAAAUUCAGAUAAGAGGAAAACAGAGGAAGGAAGGUCCAAUUGGAAAUUGACCUUUUAUUUCUAAAUAGUGAGUGAGAGAGAAACAGAGGAGAGAGAGAGAGAAGCAGAGUGAUGGGUUGUUCGAAGAUUUCUUUCUCGGCGGCGGCGAUGGUGGUGGUUGUGCUGAUGGCCACAACAACAACCAGAGUGGCGGAGGGGCAACCAACGGCGUCGUGUGCUUCGAAGCUGACUCCAUGUGCGAAUUACUUAAACGUAACAAAGCCACCAGCCACGUGCUGUGAUCCACUCAGACAAGCCGUGAAUCAGGAUCUUCAAUGCCUCUGCAACCUCUUCAACACCCCUGGCUUUUUGGAAAGUAUCGGCAUCAACGUCACCGAUGCCCUUGGCCUUGCCGGCCGCUGCAACGUCACCGGCAACCUCAGCUCCUGCGCAGCUUCAGCUCCGAGUUCUCCAGUACCUCCAGCAACGCCUGGAAGUGACAGCAACAGAGUCAGCAUUGCAUCGGCUGGAAUGCCUAGCAUACUCUUGUUUUGGGCUUCUAUGAUGCUCUAUUAGAGGUGCUCUCUAAAUCAUUUGCAACGCAGAGUCAUUUUAGUAUUAUGAAGCCGGAUAUGCACUCCUGGAGGUGUUCUUAUUCGAUUGUUUGUAAAGUACUAUCUAGAUUUGAGCAGUGUUACGUUCAAUCUGUUACUUGGUCGACUAUUUGUUGAACUUCAUUAUUCUGUUUGCUAUACAAUUCUCUUAUGUAUAAUUGAAUCCACUUCUUCACAUAGCUUUUGAACUCUGGCUCGUAUUGAUCUUGGAGCAUUAUGUACCCUUAUUACCGAUAUAUGAAUAAUAUCGUUCAUUAGCAUUGUUUCAGUUUUUA